GUAGGUAAUAAGAGUUAGAAGGAUAUAAACAUUGACAUGUCAAUAUAUAUGUGUUUACUAUGUGAUAGAGUGUGCAACUUCAAUUGGUCAUUUUUGUGAGCUUUUAUUUGGUCGUUACUGAGACGUUUUUUUUUACUUUUACCAUGAGCCAUAACAUGAACGCUCUCUUUUUCCAUGAAGACGGUACUGGUGGCGUUUUUGACGAGCAAGUUCAGGAAGCACCGAGUUACGUCGAGGAUAAAUCAUUUCGCUUGAAAAAAUUGACAGAUCUUCGAAAGUAUAUCAAAAGCCAAGAAGUUCAGGUUGAAACAAGAUCUCCAGCCGACACUGAGAUGAAAGAGGCUGAGCCUAAGAAGGAAAGAGAUUUGCAAUAUAAUGUUUAUACGUUCAAAGAUCGCAAGCGUUAUUUUUAUUUU